CAAUCAACAGGUAUGCCAUUUAAAAGCAUAACAUUAAUUUUACUAUAUGAUAUAACACUAUCAUUUUGUGACCAUUUAGUGGAGUGUGCUAGCUUUUUGUAGAAAAAUCUAAACUACAAAGAUGAAUUUCGAACGUUUUAGUAUGGUCUCAAACGACCUUGUCGAGUUCAAAUCCACGUGGCGAACUGGCGAAACGUUAGCACUAGUGAACGCUUCAACUGGCACCGAACCAGCAGCUCCUAAAGUCGAUGCAGAGACAGCACCGGUUGACCGAAAAGACAUUGGGAUUCAAACCGGAGAAUCUCCACGCCAUACUUCGAUUCCAUGCGAUGACGCAAAGUUGUCUAAUUGGUUGAACAAAAUUUACCCAUUAGUGGACGAAGAGCUUUCUGCUGGCAUUACCGAAUGCCCUGACGUCAACGAUAAUUUCUACGAUAAAACUGAAAGGAUGAUCAUUCAGAGGCACCAAGAGUUGAUGUUGAAAAAGUCAAAUCCCGAUAUGGAUGGAUCGCAGAAACUCAGCAUGGGCGCCGCCGCGUGGCUUUCGACAGCAACGCGAGAUGCUCCAUUAUUAGUUGUCGCGUGUAGCUCAUACCACGAAGCGUGGUGUGAGCAUACUUACGCAUCUGUGACGGUGUUCAUGCCGCGGCGAGACACGUACAGAUCGGUUCAAUGGAUUGAACUGUGCAGCAAUCCAAUAAAAGCGUGUAUCGAAACAUUAGAGACCAACCCAUUCAAUAAAGACAUGUUCGCCGGUGGUACCGUUUCCGGUGAUGUGUAUAUUUGGCACUACGAGCUGAAUCUGAAACAUGAACAGAACUCAUUUUCGGAAUUGUUUUCCGAAACUACUGACUUCGGCAAGGUGGUUGACAUGGCCUGGAUUAAGCCAAACCCUUUAACUAAAGAUUUUGGCUUGCUGUCGUGCCACAGUGACGGGGUUGUUAUCUUGUGGAAAAUUGGCAAGCAUAUAGGGAAAGACAAAACAUUCCGCAUUUCGACAACAACUUCGCCACAUUCAUCAAUAAUGUUAACACAAAUUCUUACUAUUUCUAAUUCGGAGUUUGUAGUCGGCACCGUAGAUGGGAGUAUUUUACUCUGCUCGGUGAAUCAACUGAUACCAUUAGCUAAUGGUCCGAGCAGUAGUGGAACCAUACAAGGAACAUCAUCAUCUUCCAGCAGAAAAAAUGUCUUCGCACCAGCAAUCACCGAAUUACAGCCGCAUUCGUUUGCUGUAACGACGUUACUAAAAAGCGAAAAUUCUAGGCAACAACUUUUGAUCAGCUGUGAUCUAAGCGGAGAAGUCUACUUCCAUGACAUCACGGAUGCUAUCAAUUCGACACCAACGUUGAUCAUCAAAAUGCCUCUGCCGUUUAAAAACCGAAUCGUUUGUUCAGAUGACAUGCGUUUUAUACUGAGUCCCAACAGCGAUGGAAUAUUGAAUGUUUAUAAAAUUGACAAUGGCUCGCAAGAAACCAUUGAAACGGGAGGCCUGAACGGAAAACCAAACUUAAUUAAAAGUAGUCCUAAUGGGAAAUGGCUGAUAACUGGACCUUACGAUGGGAGCUUCGUCAUCUAUUCAGUCGACAAAGACAUUUGAGAUAAAUAUCUGUAAGGCAGAUGUUGAAAUAGCUUUAUAGCUGUUGUAUGAUUUUGAUAAAUAAACGCUC